GUGAAGUGUGUUUUCAGCGGGAACACAACGAAUGAUCUAAGCCGUUGAUUUCUUAUCUGAGAUUACACAGAACAGUGAACAAAGCUGAGAUUUUUCGAAAACCCAAAACUUGAAUUGAGUCUGUUCGUGGACCUAACAAUGAUAAGAUCAUCACCAGGAUUUGCUAUAAACCCUUGUCUCUUCCUCAAUUCCCAGAAAUCGGUUUUUCUCCCCGUCCAAAUCGGAUCACGGCGGAGGAAUUUCUCCAGAAUCGGAUCGGAGAGCGGCGACGGCGUCGCUUUCGAUGCUGUGGCUUAUGAAUCUGAGCGGUUGAGCCUCGACGCGGCGGCGAUGGAGAAUAUGGCGGAGACCGCGAAGAAGGAACUGGAAUCGGAUCCAGAGAGUGACCCGAAAGCGUGGAAAUGGGUGAUCCGAAAGAAAAUGUGGGAUCUCAUGGAAGCUCGGAACUACGCUAUGAGACCUAGACCUGUUCAUCAUCGAAUCCCUAAUUUCGUCGGUGCACCGGCUGCUGCAGCAAAAUUAGCCGAGCUUGACGCUUUUUGUAAGGCUAUGGUCGUGAAGGUUAAUCCCGAUUCGCCUCAAAAGCAAAUCAGGUUUCUUACACUUUCUGGUGACAAGAAGCUGUUGACUCCUCAACCUAGGCUACGAACUGGAUUCUUCUCUGUACUGGAAUCUGAUUUGUUAAAACCAGAAAUGAUCAGUGAGGCUUGCACCUCUGUAGGAGUAGCUAAAUAUGGGAGAGCGAUUGGUCUUGAUGAGAAAAUCAAAGUUGAUCUUAUUGUCAUUGGCUCCGUUGCGGUUAACCCACAAACAGGCGCUCGAUUAGGGAAGGGAGAGGGUUUUGCUGAACUUGAAUAUGGUAUGUUGCGUUACAUGGGAGCCAUUGAUGAUUCCACACCAGUUGUUACAACCGUACAUGAUUGUCAGCUCGUGGAUGAUAUACCACUCGAGAAACUGGCGAUUCACGAUGUUCCUGUGGAUAUCAUAUGCACUCCUACUCGAGUCAUUUUCACAAAUACACCAAUACCAAAACCACAAGGAAUCUAUUGGGACAAACUGUCACCGGAGAAGCUACAACAGAUUCGAAUACUAAGAGAGCUAAAGAAGCGACUGGAAAAGAAGACUGGCCGUAAACUUCCGACAGGACCAUCAGAGAAAUUACCUCCUACAGCUGAGCGAAAACGUCGGUAAUUAACGGCUUCUUGUUUUGGCCGAUUGGUUUUUGUUCGACCAAAACCCUCUGGUUUUUUACCGGUUUGCUUUCGGUCACUGUUUUAUACGAGGAAACAAAAAAAACGAAAUGAUAUUUGUAUAUUACAGUAUGUAUUUGGGUAGUGGAAACUGGAAACGUAGUAAAAAUAAAGUUUUACGCAAUACAAUUCAUUGUGCUACAA